AUGGCCGCCUCAUCUGUACAGAUCCCCACCCAUCCGUCGCGGGACUCGGUGCAAUGCAUUCGCCGAGUCACGAGAGAGAAUCGUACUCUCUGGUAUCAGUUGACCGUCCUCCAGCAGCCAGAGCGAGCCAGAGCAUGUGGCUCGGGCAUGAAAGCCAAUAGCGACAGACGGCCAGUUGAUCCUCACCCAGUUGUGGAACUACGCAUCAUCGAAGGCCCUUCGGUUGGUGAGGGCAAGGAUAUCACCUUCGAUUACAAUGCCAACUUUUUCUUAUAUGCCAGCCUCGAACAGGCACGCACCAUGGCCCACGGCCGAGUUCAGAGCGCUGCCGCUACGAAUCCUCCCAUUCUGACCGGCGUUCCCGCCUCUGGCAUGGCCUACCUGGACCGCCCUACCGAAGCUGGUUACUUCAUCUUUCCCGAUUUAUCCGUUCGACAUGAAGGGUACUUUUGUCUUUCGUUCAGCUUAUUCGAGACUACCAAGGAGGAAAAAGACUUUGAUAUGGAGCCUGCCAAUUCCGACCUGCCGCCCGGUGUCGACUGGCGGAUGGAAAUCAAGACGAAUCCAUUCAACGUCUUUAGUGCCAAGAAGUUCCCUGGCUUGAUGGAGAGUACCCAGCUUAGCAAGACGGUUGCGGAUCAGGGAUGCCGAGUUCGAAUUCGACGUGAUGUGCGAAUGAGGAAGCGCGAUGGGAAGUCGAGUGCAUUCGAGCGACGAGAGGAGGACUUUCGCCGCAGAACCGUUACACCCGCUCCCGAAGACCCUCAUGGCAUCCGAAACCGAUCCUUGAGCAACUCAAGCGAGCAUCGGGUCCCCUACGCACCUGAGCCGCAUCGACGACCUUCUGCCGUUGACGCCUAUCAUGCUCCUCCACCACCUCCGGGUUAUGAUUCUGGUCCUCCGCCGAGCCGUAGUUGUCAUUUGUCGUUUGGAGAGCAUCCUACUGCCCAAUACGCCACCCCGCGACAUUAUCCGGCGCCUCCCCCUCUGAAUGGACACGUUCAACUGCCGGUUGCCGCACCAUAUUCUUCGCCUGGUCAGGCGACGAAUUAUGUGAAGCCGGAACAGAGCAAUUACGGAUACCCUACUCAUACACGCAAUCCGAGCUCGACCUGUCCAUCUCCUGUUCCGUCAGUCAAGCAUGAGCUUUCCUAUGACAGGGCACCGGGAAAUUAUGUGUCACCCUCCCCAUCGAGAUAUUCGGAGACCUCGAGGCGGGACUCGCAUCAAUCAUACCCGCCUACGCCAUUACUGCCACAACCACCGCGCCGGACGUCGCAAACGUCCCUGGCACCGCUCAAGAUUGCUGCGCUGGUGUCCCCUUCACCUCUACCCCCUAUCGAGGCCCAGACAGAGCCUGUGCCUGUGUCUCCUAUUAUUCCUACAGGGGGCAAACGAAAACAUCAAGACGUCUUUAUGCACGGUUUGCAAAACGGACAGCGCCAACAGGAUACACAGUAUGGCCGUUUCAAGGGUCUCAGCCCUGAGACUCUUGAAGGCAGGUAUUCGAGGGCCGAUGGCAAGGUUGACGUGAUUCAGUUCAACCGGUACCAAUAG